UGUAAUAUAGGAUCUAAUUCAUCUCAUACUUCAACACACUUACACUAUAUUCACUUCAAACCCACCCCAAAUGCCUACCAAUCAACAACCCUCCUCCUCAUCCUCAUCCACCAAGCUCUCCUCCCUGCUCUCCUGGGACGACCUCCCCGCGUGGCGCCGCGACAACGCCUUCAUCCUCACCGGCUACCGCCCCAUCAUCCCCUCAUACGCCGCAUCCGCCCGCUCGCUGCUGUACCUGCACAACGAGUCCGUCAACAUCUGGUCUCAUCUCUCCGGUGCAAUCGUCGCCAUUCUUACCGCAGCCUACUUGUACCUCGUCAUUCGUCCGCGCUAUGAGUCGGCUACGUCGUCGGAUGUCCUCGUCUUUGCGUGCUUCCUGGGGAGUGGCGUCGUCUGCCUCGGCAUGAGCGCCACGUAUCACGCCUUGACGGAUCAUAGCCCGGAAGUUGCAAAAUGGGGCAACAAGCUGGAUUACACGGGCAUCGUCGCCUUGAUUGUGGGGAGCUAUGUGCCUGCUCUCUAUUACGGCUUCUUCUGCCAUCCAGUGCUCAUGGCAGAGUACCUAUACCUGAUAUGCCUCCUGGGCAUAGGAUGCGUCGUCGUCUCCUGGGUUGAGCAGUUCCGCACACCCGCCUGGAGGCCCUACCGUGCCCUCAUGUUCGUCAGCCUCGGGCUCUCCGGGGUUAUCCCCGUAUGCCACGGGCUUCUUAGCUUCGGCUACCAAACCCUCGAGAACAUGAUGAGCCUCAGUUGGGUCGUUCUGCACGGGCUCAUGUACAUUGUCGGUGCAGUUCUCUAUGCGGCUCGUUGGCCCGAGAGAAGCUAUCCUGGCGCAUUCGAUAUCUGGGGCCACUCCCACCAGAUCUUCCACAUGUUUGUCGUAUUUGCCGCCGCAACUCACUUCUAUGGCAUGGCCAAGGCGUUUGACUACCAUCAUCAACACAAGGACUCACUAUGCUCAGGCCAGUAA